AUGAUCGAGUAUGCGUUGCGUAUGAAAGUGCUCUUGGAGCGGCCCGAGCCGCAAACCGAGUCAGGCGCAGUUGCCGAAUCAGAGCUGCGCUGUCAGGACUGGCACAACGAUUUCCAACACCAAAAAUCCGCGAAUAUGGCAGCUGACCUGUUACGAAAUUUACCCAAAGAUGCGCCUGCUAAGGCGAAACCAGAAUUGCAAUAUGCAGAUGUGAGUGUUGCACCAAGGUCAAAAUCACGGGCGAAGGCGCUGACAAUCGACCAGGUCGCUGUAACAGCCACAGCAAAAGAAUUCGCGGGAAUAUACCGCAAUAAGCAGUACCAUGCGCCCGACUUCCCGGCUGUACUGGACCGUGCCUCAGAAGCCAAUGUGAAGAAGGUCAUGCUUACCGGAAUGUCUCUCUCGGAUGCCCAGUUUAACGCCGAUAUCGCCCGAUCAAGGCCAGAUCAAUGCAGCAUCACUGUAGGCGUGCACCCAUACCACGCUCAAGAGCCUUACGCCAACGGAAGCGAUGGUAGCGAAUACUUCUCGGCCAUGGCAAAGACGAUCGCCGACCUGCAAGCAGAAACGCCCGUGCUGGUGUCGGCGUUUGGGGAGCUGGGCUUGGAUUACGAUCAUCUGGAGUGGGCGAGCAAAGAUGUGCAGAUUCGGUGCUUCAAAGACCAGCUCGAAUUGCUUGUGAAAGAGAAAUACGACCUGCCUCUUUUCUUGCAUUGUCGCGCAUCCUUCGAUGACUUUGUCGCGGUUAUUGAACCGUAUCUUGCUCAGUUACCUCGUAGAGGGCUGGUGCAUUCAUUCGUCGGCAGCUCGACGCAGAUGAUGAAGCUCACGGACAUGUGCUUCGACGUAAGUGUCAACGGCUUCAGCUUCAAGGACCGAGAAUCACUGGAGAUGGUUGCAGCGGUGCCGCUAGAGCGGCUGCAGCUUGAGACGGAUGCGCCGUGGGGUAUCAUUCAACCAAGCUCAGAGGCUGCGAAGAAUUAUCUUUUGAACGCGGCGCCGCUGCCGGUGAGCAAGAAGAAGGACAGAUUCCAAACCGGUAUGAUGGUCAAGGAGAGGAAUGAGAGCUGUGCCAUGAGUCAGGUUGCUUUUGUGGUAGCGGGUGUGAAAGGAUUGGGUGUCGAUGAAGUGGCACAGGCUGCAUGGCAGAACAGUACGGCAAUGUUUCGCCUGGACAGCUGA